GCCACCAACAGCCUUCAAAUCUUAACAACGUUGUAGUCUCCUCUCUCCUCCUUAGAAAGAGGGAAAGAGAGAGAGAGAGAGAGAGCUGCCCCUCACAUUUGAAGUUGCUUUAGCUCUAAUUUUCUAAGCUCAAAUUGCUGUUUGUUUUCUUGUUUGCAUUUGCAGAGAUUUGAAAAAAGGGGCAACAAAAAGCUCCUAUUUGGGGUUAUGGACUUUUUGGGCUUUAUUUUCUUAUUUUUCUGUGUUUAUUUUAUAAAGACCAGAUAUGAUGAUUACAGCGUAUAGAGGUCUGGAUCUGGGUCCGUAAAGAAAAUUUAAUCUUUGAUUUGGUUCUUUUGAUUUUUCUGGGUAGAACCCAGAAAUAUUCAACUGUGCGUGUAAGAGAUGGACCAGAACGUUCAACGGUCUCCGAAUGCAGAGAGGGGUUUUCGAGUUCAAGCUCCACUGGUUGAUUCUCUAUCAUGCUAUUGUAAAGCAGAUUCGGGCUUGAAAACUGUCGCUGGGGCAAGAAAAUUUGUUCCGGGAUCAAAAUUAUGCAUUCAACCUGAUAUCAAUCCUCGUGCACACAAGAAGAAAAACUCACGGAGGGUAAGAACCAGAUUUCAGCCACCCCUCUUGCCAGGUCUUCCUGAUGAUCUUGCCAUUGCUUGUCUCAUCCGGGUCCCGCGUGCUGAACAUACUAAACUUCGACUGGUUUGCAAGAAAUGGUACCGCCUUUUGGCUGGAAACUACUAUUAUUCUCUUAGGAGAAGUCUUGGAAUGGCUGAAGAGUGGGUUUAUGUCAUCAAAAGAGACCGUGAUGGAAGAAUUUCGUGGCAUGCGUAUGACCCCAUGUACCAACUCUGGCAGCCGCUCCCACCUGUUCCAGCAGAAUAUAGCGGAGCCCUUGGAUUUGGUUCUGCUGUUCUGAGUGGUUUCCACCUCUACUUAUUUGGUGGGAAGGAUACAAUCAGGGGGUCUAUGAGACGGGUCAUUUUCUACAAUGCUAGGACAAAUAAAUGGCACAGGGCACCGGAUAUGCUUCGAAAACGUCAUCUUUUUGGUUCUUGUGUUAUAAAUAACUGCCUUUAUGUUUCUGGUGGAGAAUGUGAGGGAAUUCAGAGAACUUUGCGGUCCGCGGAAGUUUAUGACCCAAACAAGAGCCGUUGGAACUUUAUAGCAGACAUGAGCACAGCUAUGGUCCCUUUUAUUGGAGUUGUUCAUAAUGGAAAGUGGUUCCUAAAAGGAUUAGGGUCCCACAGAGAGGUACUGAGUGAAGCUUAUAUACCGGAAACUAAUAACUGGAUUCCAAUGAGUGAUGGGAUGGUUGCUGGUUGGCGGAACCCUAGUAUCUCUAUGAAUGGAAAGCUCUACGCUCUGGAUUGUCAUGAUGGGUGCAAAAUUAGGGUUUUUGAUGAGACUACGAAUUCUUGGAACCGAUUUAUGGAUAGCAAACUCCAUCUAGGGAGCUCUAGAGCGCUAGAGGCUGCUGCUCUUGUUGCCCUUAAUGGAAAACUUUGUAUCAUCCGAAACAACAUGAGCAUAAGUAUGGUUGAUGUCUCUAGUCCUGAUAAACGAGUGGAGAAUAACCCCCAUCUUUGGGAAAAUAUAGCUGGGAAAGGUCACAUUAGAACCAUUUUCACUAAUUUAUGGUCAAGCAUUGCCGGGCGAGGCGGAUUGAAAAGUCAUAUUGUGCACUGUCAGGUGCUUCAAGCAUGAAUUGUUGGGGCUUCACGCGCUAUAUUCCAAAGUUUCCGGGGCUUCAAGAAUGAUAUUUCACACUUUCAGGGACUGCAAGCGUUAUAUUCUGCACUUAUAGGGGCUUCAAGCAUGAGAAUUGGCAUUCACAUUGCUUCAUUGUCUUCGCAGGCUGUGUUGGUACAGUGAAAAGUUACAUUAGUUGAUCGGCAGCUGGUUGCUAUUAUGUUCUUUCACUUUUUAUUGAGAAUGGAUCUGCGUUGAUCUUUCCGAGGAAUGGAUGUGUUGAUAUUUCAGGGGAAUGGACUUAGUUCCCUCUUCGAGAAGAGAUAAUAAGCUUUCACAUGAAGAAAUUGAAUUCGGGGGAAUACAAUUGCCGACAUAUUUCCAAAAUCAAGGUGGAGAAGGAACUUUGGUGGAAUCUUUAUUGGCCGUUCUCUUGCACAAAGUUGAACCGGAAGUGAGGCGAUUUCAUAAUGAUUCUAAUGGUAGACAUACAAGUUGAAGGUGAUUUACUGUUGGUUUUGGAUUAUGAGGCUAGUUCUUUACAUUCAACAUUCAUUAUACGAGACCAUAUAGAAUUCAAACUGGUAAAUCUUUCUCUUUUGGAGCAGGGUAUUAUGCUCUUAUCUUGUGAUAUCUUAUCUUCUUAGUAAGCAAUUUUUUAGGUUCUUUGUGUAUACGGUUGAAUAUAAUCAAAGUUCAGAUGGCGUCUCGAA